AUGUCUUCAAUGCGAAAUGCAACACAGCGCCGCAAUCAUCGAGAACGAGGACAGCCAUUAGAACGAGAAGCGAGGCUGGGAAUCCUUGAGAAGCACAAGGAUUACUCGCUAAGAAGCAAAAAUCAUAAUGAAAAUAAGAAGAGACUCAAGAUUCUUAGGCAAAAGGCUGCCGAGCGAAACCCGGACGAGUUCUCCUAUGGAAUGCUGAGCAGGCAGUCGAGAAAAGGGCAGAAGUUAGCAGACCGGCAAAACCCGGUACUCGGCCAAGACGUGGUCAAAUUAUCGAAGACUCAGGACGCAGCAUAUGUCACUACUAUGCUUCAAAAGACGAAGCGGGCACGGGCAAGAUUAGAGCAGGAGUUUGUUCUAAGUGAGGACCAGGGUGCUGAAGUGCUGGGUGCGUCAUCGAGUCAGGAAACGGGAAGCCAUACGGUCUUCGUGGACAGUAGGGAGGAACAGACGCAGUACAAAGCGGCUGGAGAAUUUGCUUUUCCGCCAGGUUCUGCAACGAGAAAGCCGGGAUAUUCUUCUAUGAACGAGGAAGAGGACGACUCAGAUGGGAUGCCACUCAUGCAUUCGCCUAAAGAAGCUCCCAAGUCACGUCGUGCGGCCGAACGUCAAGAGCUUGCCUUGAAGCAAGGUAAGCUCCUGCGCAAGCAGCACAGAAAAGAGCAGAAUGCACGAAGAUCAAAGCUGGCGGCGCUAACCGCUCGGGAAAGGGACCUCUUUAAAGCGGAGAAUGAGCUGGAUCUCCAGCGAGCAAAGAUGAGCAAUAGCGUGGGCGGAACCACCAAGGCUGGGGUGAAAUGGAAGGUGAGGGAAAGGAAAAAAUAA